GCUACCUGGAUACACUCAGCAUGUCCUGUUCAAACAAGCCAGCUCUCUGUUAACUCAGAUAGGGAAGGGUAGUGAAGGGCAGAGAGCCGGCGACUGGCAUUCAUGUGUCAAAACACUUAUUGCGGCCAUUUUCUUUCCUGAAGCCCGAGGAUCUGAAAGGGGGGGCAGGCUGGGUUUGCGGUGUGAGUCAGUGUCGUCUUACAUCCUGCAAUCAGUCUGUGAGUGCUGGAGACACGGCAGUAAGUAAACUGAGGGGCGGCAACACACUGGAUGGACACAAUAUGGGGUCAGAUGAGGCCUACAACUUUGUCUUUAAGGUGGUACUAAUAGGAGAAUCUGGUGUAGGAAAGAGCAAUCUGCUGUCCCGCUUCACCAAAAACGAGUUCAACCAUGACACCCGCACAACUAUCGGGGUGGAGUUCAGCACACGGACAACGCAGCUCAACAGCUUCACCAUCAAGGCCCAGAUCUGGGACACGGCCGGGCUGGAGCGAUACCGGGCCAUCACUUCUGCGUAUUACAGAGGUGCUCUCGGGGCCCUGCUGGUCUAUGACAUCACCAAACACCUCACCUAUGAGAGCGUGGAGCGCUGGCUGAAGGAGCUGUACGACCACGCCGACCCCCACAUCGUGGUCAUGCUGGUGGGCAACAAGACUGACCUGGAAUCAGAGAGAUCUGUGCCCACCGAGGAGGCUAAAGACUACGCAGAAAAGAAUGGUCUUUUAUUCCUGGAGACGUCUGCUCUGGAGUCAACUAACGUGGAGGCAGCAUUCAACAAUGUCCUAGCAGAGAUUCACAGGAAGGCCAACAGUAAGGAAGUGGUUCAUGGCGCCAUCAGUGCUGUGUCCUUGAGCAACUCCAGUGCAGAAAACAGCGAGGAGAGGAAGCCCUGCUGCAGGAACAUCUGAUCACAAGGUCCUUCAGGAGCCCAGGGGCCUCGGGGCGGGCGACACGGUGACCUUCACCCACGACCCUGAGCUAGAGCUCGACGAGAGGCACGCGACACGGCAACCGUGGGGGGCCAAUAUAAACGGUCCCGGCUUAACUGUGACUUAUGACUGAUUUACAAGUUGUACAAGCUGCAUGACUGCAUGAUGUAUUCAAAAGAUGAUUCAUAUAUUAUGUGAAUGAAUGUAGCUGGAGACCAACAUCAAUCUUUUUUGAACAUAGGUCAAAUGUAAAACACUUAACCGUGUUAAAAUUAUAUAAUAUUUAUAAUCCAUGCACAGAAUUGGAGUAACGUGCUCCAGCUGACGAUCGUGGAUCAGACUGAUUGCAAAUUCUCUUGAGAAAUAAAUGAUUUAUGGAGA